AUGAUUACUGCUCUUCCUAUCAUUGGUAAUCCAGUGGUCCCCCAAGCAUAUUCUAGUAAUUGGCCGCUACAGGUUGAAGCACGGCUUGGUGUUCCAUUUCCUGUUAACACCCGCAGUGGGAACCGUCCUAGAGGUGUGCCUCUAAGCUGGAUAGUCACACAUUUUGCUAACUUACCUGCCAAUGCAGAUAAUGUCACGCUGGCACGACAUCUAUUUGCAUAUGUGCUGUAUCUCUUAGGUAUAAUGUUCCCUUCGUCACACGGUGACGUUGUUCUCCCCAGUUUGAUUAAAAUUGCCGAAGAGAUAGUAGAUGGCCCCUUACCUCCCAGGCCCAUAUACAGCUUUGGUUCAGCCAUGCUUGCUCAUACAUACAGGGGGUUAUGUCAUGCCACCCAGAAAAAAUCUAAAGGCCACAUACUUGCCGUCAGCUAUGAGUUUCUUCAGCUAUGGUCAUGGGAGUACUUACCUGUUGGACGUCCCCACCUAUCCAACAUAAUCCACCCAUAUGAUUUUGGCCAGGCUAGAUAUGGCCCUCUGACAUUUGGAUCUCGUUGGGUACAUGCUAAAAAAAAUUGGUCAACAAAUGUGGUGCACGGUUGUUACCCCGAAUACCACCAGGAGUUUGAGGGGCUAGAGGAUCACAUGAUCAGCUGGAACCCAUGGACGGAUGAUGUCGCUGUGUGGGGUGCUCAGCCAUGUACAGCUGAUAUGUAUAUAGCCUCCGACUUGUGGUUAACACGCUGCCACCUCCUCUUUCUUUGGAUGGUUGAGACAUAUAACCCAGAGCGUGUUAUGCGGCAGUUUGGGCUCUAUCAGGUUGUUCCACCACCAUUACCGAGGCGACUUGACGAUCUAGUUCACACGCAAGAUAAUAAAGGUUUGAAUUGUGCCGACUGGAGCAGUCGUAAUAGACAGUGGAUAGAGCUGUGGAUUAAUAAUGCGGCAUCCGAUGUAGUGCAAGAACAUAGACCAUAUAGUGAUGGCACAUACGACCACUACAAUCAUUGGUAUCGCAGUAGCACAAGGAUUUUGCUCACCGGUCCUCCACCAGAUUACACACAUGCCGAUCAGCUGGUUGUAGGGACUGAACGAACAGCAGCAUACCAUCGCGAAACCUCGAUACAAGAAUAUAGGGAGAUCGCUCGGUCUGCAUCGGAUGCUUUGCGGCUGCGAAACGUGAAUAGUCCUGAAGGAAAGUCCCUGAUUAGGCGUAUUUUUAAUACGGCCAUGAACGGGCUUAAAAGAUUUGGUUGUGCUCGAGAUGACGAUGUUGUUACGCGAGAAUACGACAUGCCAGAUGCACCAUCGUCUAGACCCAGUAUGGCGCGUAGGAGCAGUAUGGCGCGUACGAGCAGUAUGGCACGUACGAGCAGUAUGGCGCGUACGAGCAGUAUGGCGCGUACGAGCCAACCUCCUACGCGGAAUCCAUCAUAUGCACGCGUCGACUCAUCUCUACUUGACCGCUCACAAUCAGCUCGCAUGUCUCCGCCCCAUGGCGCCACACAGGAGGAGAAUAUUUUCUCUACUAAUCCGUUCGGGGAACGAUUUUCAUACACCCAAGGGGAGACUUCAAACGUCGACAACACCACUCGCCAAUCUUUUGAACCUAACUGGUCAGAGACGGAAGCUGGACUCGGCUACAAUAUGCCUCCUCCACAGCAAUCUUUUGAUCCUGCUUGGCCCAACAUGAUAGCUGGUUUCGGCCACAAUAUGGCCCCGCCACAGGGUACUGAGCAUAUGCAGGAAGAAUACUAUCCCGGAACUUCUAGUCAACCUGAGAAUCAAGGGAUAUUUAAUGAAUUCUUUGGAGCUGACAUUAUAAGCACACAAGGCAGUUUAAUUCCUCCGGCGACACAAUCUCAACAUGUAUUACAAACUCCACCACAGAACUAUGAGGCCCACACAGAUGAGGAGCACGAACAGUACGGUCGAGGUUUGCGCCAACAUCGUAUACCAAAUCCUUGGUCGCCUUCUGGUGCUAAGCAGAGACCACCACGCCGUCGUCGAUAA